UCCAUUAACCACGACUAUGACCUUUGGAGAGAGACAGGGCUGUUUGGAAAUAACGGACAUGGUCAGAUAGAGAGCUGUCUAGCUUUUUCACGUUCUCUCAGAGCACUUUCGAGAGCACCCACUAGAGUCAGUAUGAGUUGAAUCCCUGACUAAUGGAGUGAUAAGUCCAGGUAUACUGACCUCCAUGCUGACCAGUCAGUUUUGUGAGAGGAGGAUAGGACCGGUCAAGCUUCAAGGUUGAUCAGAGUCACCAGGAAAGCGUAGCCAAGCCAGGACAAAGGGACAGCGGGAACCAGCACCAAGCGACUGACGACAUGAGUGAAGCAUGCUCUGAGGAGGAACGGUCCGAAGAGCAAUCUGAGGAGCAGCUGGUCAGCAGGCUUCCGGUCAUCCAACUCAAGCCCAGGUCGCCAGGCAUAUCCCCUAAAAUCUCCCCACGUGACUCCCCCCGUGGGUCACCCCGAAACUCCCCGAUGCUCUUCAGGAAGCUGCUGAUGAACCGGAGCAUCAGUCUACAGAGGCGCUACACUUUGGCCUACACUCCCAGUUUUGAUGCUGAGAAUGGCUUGUCGGUGGGGCGCAGCCCCCUGGAUCCGCCGGCCAGUCCCGGCUCCGGCCUGGUGCUCCAGGCCAACUACCACAGCCAGCGUCGUGAGUCCUUCCUCUACCGCUCCGACUCAGACUUUGACCUCUCACCCAAGGCCCCCUCGAGGAACUCGUCCACUGCCAGUGAUCUACAUGGAGAAGACAUGAUUGUGACACCAUUUGCACAGGUACUUGCCAGUUUGAGGACGGUAAGAAGCAACUUCGCCGUUUUGACCCAUCAGCAAGAUCGUCAACCCAGCAAGAGGAUAGAGUUAUGUAAUCCACCGUCCAUGUUAAAUACAAGCUUAGCAGAGGAGCCGUUUCAGCAGCUGGCCGUGGAGACUCUGGACGAGCUGGACUGGUGUCUGGAGCAGCUGGAUACUCUGAAGACACGCCACUCCGUCAGCGAGAUGGCCUCCAAUAAGUUCAAGAGGAUGCUGAACAGAGAGCUCACUCAGCUAUCAGAGACCAGCAGAUCAGGGAACCAGGUGUCAGAGUUCAUCUCCAGCACCUUCCUAGAAAAGCAACAUGACAUGGAGAUCAUGUCUCCACACAUCAAGGAGAAGAAGGAGAAAACGGACAAGAAGAAGCGUCCCAUGUCCCAGAUCGUGGGGGUGAAGAAGCCCAGAAUCAUCCCUAGUGUGGCCCCCUCCAGCAUCCCCCGCUUCGGGGUCGCUUCCACUCAGGAGGGCUUUCUCGCCAAGCAGUUGGAAGAUAUAAACCGAUGGGGUGUGGAUAUUUUCAAAAUAUCUGAAUAUUCUGGGAAUCGUCCGCUGACGGUGGCGAUUUAUUCAAUUUUCCAGGAGCGAGAGCUGCUGAAGUCAUUCAAGAUCCCUGCAGACACCUUCAUCACCUUCAUGAUGACCCUGGAGGACCACUACCACCACGAUGUGGCCUACCACAACAACAUCCACGCUGCAGACGUGGUCCAGUCCACCCACGUUCUCCUCUCUACCCCUGCCCUGGAGGCGGUGUUCACUGACUUGGAGAUCCUAGCUGCUCUGUUUGCCAGUGCUAUACAUGAUGUGGACCACCCGGGGGUGUCUAACCAAUUCCUCAUCAACACCAACUCCGAGCUGGCCCUGAUGUACAACGACGUGUCGGUCCUGGAAAACCACCACCUGGCCGUGGGCUUUAAGCUGCUGCAGGAGGACAACUGUGACAUCUUCCAGAACCUCAGCAAGAAACAGAGGCAGUCCCUACGCAAGAUGGUCAUAGACAUGGUGUUAGCCACAGACAUGUCCAAACACAUGAACCUGCUGGCGGACCUGAAGACCAUGGUGGAGACCAAGAAGGUGACCAGUCUAGGAGUACUUCUACUAGACAACUAUGGAGAUCGUAUCCAGGUCCUCCAGAAUAUGGUUCACUGUGCUGACCUCAGUAACCCCACCAAGCCCCUGGAGGUCUACCGCCAGUGGACUGACCGCAUCAUGGUGGAGUUCUUCACCCAGGGGGACAGGGAGAGGGACAAGGGCAUGGAGAUCAGCCCCAUGUGUGACAAACACAACGCCUCCAUCGAGAAGAACCAGGUGGGCUUCAUAGACUACAUCGUCCACCCUCUGUGGGAGACGUGGGCAGACCUGGUCCACCCUGAUGCCCAGGACAUCCUAGACACGCUGGAGGACAAUCGCGAGUGGUACCAGAGUAUGAUCCCCCACAGCCCCUCGCCCACACCCGAGGCCCAGGACAAGAUGGGCCUGCCUGGGGGAGCCAUGGGAGCCGGAGGGGGUGGAGGUGGAUCCUCCACAGGAGAUAAGUUCCAGUUUGAGCUGACCCUAGAGGAGGAGGAGGGCGAGUCCGACUCAGAGAGCCCUCCGGCAGAGGAGGGGGGGUACAGUAGCACUGGGAUGGAGCCUUCUAGGACUGACCCGGACAGCAGACUCCAUUCCGUGUCUGCCACUGCUCACCCACACACGCAAGUACUCUCCAAAAUGGCUACCUCUGUCCUCAAUCUUGGUGGCAGGACUUUGUCCACAGACUCUGACCCAGAAAGGGAGGCCACCGAAGACAGAGAACAUGACCAAGAAGGUAACGCCGGUGUGAGGCGCUUCAGGCUAGGUACAUAACAUCAGUGCAAUUUUCUUUUUUUCUUCUUUUUWWAAAAWUUUAAUUUCUGCGCCUCCCCCCUGACCCCUUCAACCCCCAUCUCUGGCUUCCUUGGAUUGAAUGGCAGGACAAAGCUGGGGUAAAGAACGUAGAGGGGGUGCGUUCAGGAAGUCUGCACUUACACAGCAGUCACCUCGUACUGGAGAAAGGAGAGCCCCACUGUUCCUUCUUUGGUUGCAGAGAACAGGAAACUGUGUUUUUGAGCUGGUCUUUUGUGUUUUACCGAUACGUCUCUAAGUUGGACCUGUCGCCGUAUUCAGUAUAUGUUUCUCAGAAACACUGAGAAAACCAACCUUCCUGUUUUGCCAGUCAAGCCAAGGUCUACGACAAAAGAGCAAGGAAUUUUGUGGAACACGUCUUCCUUUUGACUACUUAUGACCGCUAGAAACAAUUGACGAAGCGACGAACUUAGUAACAACAAACACCACAAAGGCUUUUGAGACAUUAUGCCAAACAGAUUAAUAAACAUGGACUUGGCCAAUGGCAACAUUUGCCUGCCUUUUCAACUGUUGGUCAUUUUGUCUUUAAUUUAAGUCCUUUUAAACUAGUGCAGAAAGUGGUUUAAACCGGUAAACUGCAGACUUACCAAAUAUGUACUACAAAGGACAAGGUACGGAGCAGAACGUCAGAWUUGAGGAAGAGAUUGUUCCAAUGUAGCACAAUACUUUUUGGGUACCUUGUUGUAACAGCUAGGGGUCUCUCAUCAGCCACACUCUUAACAACUGGUUUAGGGUCAGUUCUUCCUCCCACAGUCCUAACCUGAACUGUUAUGUGUAAACCAACAAAACCAACCUUGAGCCAGUCGUUAUAGGGGCAUAUAAGUAACCCAAAGCUAUGCGGUGUGCACCUGGCACCUCCCAGUGUUGAAUAUCGGAAUUAAAGUCUGAACGUGUACUGCAAUUCAAGGCAUUCAAAAUGCCCAUACCUACAGCAAAUUGACUAUAGGUAUGUUAAGUGGAUUGGUUUUAGCUGUGUUGCUGUUAUAAGCAGGGGUAUCCAAAACAAGCACUUCAGUUAAGAUUCACCACUUGUCUGUAUGAUUUUAUUUUAUUUCGUUUUUUUUCUAUUUGAAGUCCCUCAAAGUGUAUACAUACUGCUUUAUACUGUAAUUGUGUGUAUCCUUAACCUUUUUAUGGCAUCAGUUUGCCUCCACUUUUAGCACUUUACAAUUUUACUCACAGCCAAUCCCCAUCCUGCUUGGAAGGGCUUGAGCCAAUCCAUAAACACAUUGGAGGCAGGUGACUGAGAAUUUUUGUUUGCCACUGGCAACAUGGUAGCCAGCACUUACAUACCCUAGCACAUUAGGAUAACUAGUUGCUUUGAGGGAACCUGGACAAAGGUAAGUUAACUGUUUGACAGUACAGUAGGGCUGUGGGACAUUUUUUACAUUUACAUUUUAGUCAUUUAACAGAUGCUCUUAUCCAGUGCAUACAUUUUMAUACUGGUCCCCGUGGGAAUCGAACCCACAACCCUGGYGUUGCAAGUGCCAUGCUCUACCAAAUGAGUCAAACUGUACAAUGUCCUUUCAAGUCUAUUAUUGUUGUUACAGUAAAGGUCUCAAGUUUCCUACUUACUUCAGGUACCAUCAUCUGGUCACACUGUCAACCAGUUGAACUAGUAAAAAAAAGAUACAUUGGUAGCGUUUACAUAUGUUAUCACAGUUUGUGAAGCGCAUGGUGUAAUAUUUGCCAAACUAUUUCAGAAAUGUAUGAAAGAUGUGAAAAAUUGUAACUGUAAAAAAAAAGAAAAGAAAAAAGACCGUUGGCCAUAGGCCAGUUUUCUGUGCUGAAAUUUUCACACCCUUUUCCUUUUGUCAUUGGUCAAUAUUCUGCUCUUCACAGGGACAUGACCAAUGACAGUACAAGUGCCAAGCAAGCAUGACACAACUCGUACUGUAAUUUCCAUUUUGCCCCUGGCUAAUUUCCAUCAAUGACUAAUGUUGAUCAUGUCGCCCUCCCUGUGUACCCUUUCUGCCCCAUAGGUUUUCUGUUUUAGAACAAUAAUCCACUGAUAACUGCACCUUUCUUAAUGUUYGAAUGGUUGAACAUUUAGAUUCACUGAAUUUGUAAAGAAACCAAAGCACUUUGUAUAGUAAUUUUUACAGGACUGUGCUUAAAGUACAGUCGAGUGUGAUGUAACUCUGUUGACUAAUCCACAUUAGUAUUCCGUAUUCUGGUAUUAUGUGGCUUGAUUAUUACAAUUGAUGCAUAGCACAGGCUGGACCACUGAAGCUAAAUUGGGGGACUUGUGCUAUGGAAUUAAAACUUUUUUGUAUCUAUAAUAGGUUUUGAUAAAGAUGCAUGACAUUGGCUGCAAGAUUCAUGAGGAAAGUAUUCAAGUAUCUAAAAUAAGCUCAUCUGUGAACGAAACAGAAACUUUUGAACCUACACCGUGGAGUAAAUUGAUGUUGUGUUUUUAUGAAAGAUCCAGAAAUGUGACUUUCUGGAGCCUUAUAUUUGCGUAAAUUUUCUUUCCUCAUAGAUUGUAUACUCGAUAUGGUGGGGAGACACCAGUGCUAUGCACACAGUAGUUAAGGAGCACAAACAGUUCAGAACUCAAGCAAGCCUUUCUGUCUUUCUCAGCUGUCAUGAAAAAUGUCUUCACCAGCCAUUGUUAUGACAGUAUUUUCACGAGGAUUCAGUUAUGCUCUCUGUCUACCAUUGAUUGUUUUGUAUAUUUUCCUCACAAUGCUUUGUGUACAGUUUAUUUAUUAUUUCUAUAUCUGUCCGAAAAUGAAGAACUAUAGACUUUGUUGGAGGCUAAGUAUUUAUUUGUAGCUACCUUCCGAGCUUUGGGAGAAAGAAAUGGGACAGAUUUCAACUACAGUGCUCAACCAUGGAGGCCGUUGGGAGGAGCUAUAGAAGGACGGGCUCAUUGUAAUGGCUGGAAUGGAACGGAGUAA